GGAGUGUUCCCUCUGACGCACUUGAAGCCUGGAACAUAUAUAUUAUUUUGGCUCCUGGAUUCCUUGUGCUUCCUACUGUUUUUUGUGUGUCAGUUUAAGGAGCCCGUGUUUCCUUCCCUGGCUGUCAUUCUCUGCCAAGAGAGUUUCUGGUGGAGUUGUCAGUUUAAAACCAACGGUAAUAGCAAAUCUCUAGUGUAGUUUUCAGUCUAUAGCUAGUAAUUCAGUUGUAGCUUUUUGCUGUUCCCUGGACAUUUCUUCUGUUGUUGAAUCCUAUUGGGGAGGAGGUCUGGUGUGAACCAAGCUCUUAACUUCAUCAGCUGAGCCAGCAUACCUAUCUGUAUAGACUGGAAGUCAGCCAAGGGGUUUUUUUUUUGGUGCUACCUAGUUCCUUUGAACAGCACAGCUAGAUCAAACAAGGCAAAAACUUAGACACUUUUUGUACUGUCCUUAUCAGAAGAUUUUUUUCCCCCUUUGCUAUGUAUGGUGUAUAUUGUGUGGAUUACCAAUAUCCUGUUGUCCAGGGUAACCAAGAGCCAACAACAACUCCUGACGCAAUGGUUCAGCCUUUUACUACCAUCCCAUUUCCACCACCUCCACAGAAUGGAAUUCCCACAGAAUACGGAGUGCCACACACUCAGGACUAUUCCGGCCAGACCAGUGAGCAUAACCUGACACUCUAUGGAAGUACGCAAGCCCACGGAGAGCAGAGUAGCAACUCCCCCAGCACACAAAAUGGAUCUCUUACGCAGACAGAAGGUGGGGCACAGACAGACGGCCAGCAGUCACAGACACAAAGUAGUGAAAAUUCAGAGAGUAAAUCUACCCCGAAACGGCUGCAUGUCUCUAAUAUUCCUUUCCGCUUCCGGGACCCUGACCUCCGGCAGAUGUUUGGGCAGUUUGGCAAAAUCCUAGAUGUAGAGAUAAUCUUUAAUGAACGUGGCUCUAAGGGAUUCGGGUUCGUAACUUUCGAGAAUAGUGCUGAUGCAGACAGGGCCAGGGAGAAAUUACACGGCACCGUGGUAGAGGGCCGUAAAAUCGAGGUGAAUAAUGCUACAGCACGUGUAAUGACCAAUAAGAAGAUGGUCACACCAUAUGCAAACGGUUGGAAAUUAAGCCCAGUAGUUGGAGCUGUAUAUGGCCCUGAGUUAUAUGCAGCAUCCAGCUUUCAAGCAGAUGUGUCCCUAGGCAAUGAUGCAGCAGUGCCCUUAUCAGGAAGAGGGGGUAUCAACACUUACAUUCCUUUAAUCAGUCUCCCUUUAGUUCCUGGCUUCCCUUACCCAACUGCAGCAACCACAGCGGCCGCAUUCAGAGGAGCCCAUCUGAGGGGCAGAGGGCGGACAGUGUAUGGUGCAGUCCGAGCGGUACCUCCAACAGCCAUCCCCGCCUAUCCAGGAAUAGUCUUACAGGAACCAAUCAUUAGCGCUAAAAUACCUCAGGGUGGAUAUGCAGCCUACAGAUAUGCACAGCCUGCUACUGCAACCGCAGCCACAGCUGCUGCAGCCGCUGCAGCAGCUUACAGCGACGGUUAUGGCAGGGUGUAUACAGCCGACCCCUACCAUGCCCUUGCCCCUGCCGCUAGCUAUGGAGUUGGCGCUGUGGCGAGUUUAUACCGAGGUGGCUACAGCCGAUUUGCCCCCUACUGAAGUGACGUGAGACCCCUGCAAAUGGGACAGCCCCCCAGUUCAUGAGGCCUGGCUAUUGCAAUAUUUACUAGUAGAGGAACUCUAUAGCAAGAUGAAGAGGAAAAACAAACAAACAAAAAAAAGAAAAACACAAAAAAAGAGAGAAUACUUUUUUAUACCUCACUAUGUUCUUUGAAUAUGUAUUUUUCCUUUAAAUUUCUGCCUUUAAUUCUUUUGUUCCAAAGAUUGUGCAUUUUUUCUUUUUUUUUUCUUUUUUCUUUUUUUAACUGUGGUAAAAAAAAAAAAAAUGCAUUUCCAUGUCUGUA